GGAAAAUCGGAGUAUCCACGAAAAAAAAAGUACAAAGGGGAGACUCUUUUUUUUUUUUUUUGUAGCGUCUAUGUUAGGUUGAUUUUUGAUUUUGCAUGGAAGCAAAGAAGAGGAAACUAGACCUUGAUUGGAACAAGUUACUCUCUAAAGACGUAGCGGAUGAAGAGCCACCGCCGCCGUUAGUGGUUAUCAAGGCUGAGCCACAUCCACCACCGAGGAAAUCGGACACAAUGGGCGGCGGCGAUGAUCAAGGGAAAGAGGAAUUUUGGGAGAGUUUGCCUGAUGAUAAGCUGGAAGAGAAGAUUCUACGGCAGCAAAGGAAUCUGGAAUGCUUUGGCUCUAAAUUACCGGAUAAAGGGAAGAAGAUUAGCGAUCAGCUUCGGCUUCUCGAGGAGGAGAAAAGACGGAGAACGGUUUCGCGAGCGAAAAUGAAUGCUGAUGAAUGUGAGAAGCCCGGGCAAUCUCCGAGCUCAGAUCUUGUUGGUUCUUCUAAUGGCUUUGAACAUCAGAGUAAAUCACAACAAGCUUUCUCACAAUCUGCAUUUGGUGCUAGUUUUUGUAAAAAGUUGGAAGAAAAUACAGAUUCUAGGUCACUCAACACAUUUGAGAAAAGUUUAUCAGUUUUGAAUCGUUGUGACUACCAAAAAAUGAGAUGCAACGGGGAGUUUUCACAGAGUGAAAGGGUGAAAGUUCGAAGAUCACCAAGACGGAUGAAUUCACAACACCAAAUGAAGCCUUCUUUUGGUGAUCAAAAGGGUAGGACAGCUACAUUAUCUUCUCUUUUUAACACGGAUGACAACUUGACAAGCAUUGCAAAGAAGGAUGCUAUUCAAGUCCAACCAUCGAAUUAUUCAAAGUGUAGGCAGGGCCAGACUGUUGUUAUUGUAGAUGAGGAAGAACCACAGUUAGUAAAGACAACAGAGCUUGAAGUUGAACUUCCAAAUUGCAAAAAGGAUGCUAGGAUCUAUUAUCCAUCAAGGGAUGAUCCAGAAUCUGUUGAAAUUUGUUUUGGUGAUAUUGACAGCCUUGCUCCUGAAACCUUCUUGACAUCUCAAAUUAUGAAUUUCUACAUCCGAUAUUUGCGGCAGCAGGCAUCCCCAACAAACAGGGCUAUAUGUGACUAUCAUAUUUUUAACACAUAUUUUUACCCGAAGCUGAAGGAAGCUGUAUCAUACAAGGGGAGUGACAAAGAUUCCUUAUUCAUCAAGUUCAGAAGGUGGUGGAAAGGUGUCAAUAUUUUCCAGAAAGCAUAUAUACUUAUUCCAAUUAAUGAAGAUUACCAUUGGAGUUUGGUCAUCAUUUGUAUACCUGACAAAGAAGAGGAAUUAAGACCAAUUAUCCUUCAUUUGGAUUCAUUGGGACUUCAUUCUAGCAGAUUGGUUUUUAAGAACAUUAAAAGCUACAUGAGGGAAGAAUGGACCUAUUUGAAUCAAGAGGUCGCUCCUUCAGAUCUUCCAAUUGCGGACAAAAUAUGGGAAAAUCUCCCACGAAGGAUUGACGAGAAAACAAUAGCUGUUCCCCAGCAAAAGAAUGAUUAUGAUUGUGGUCUCUUUGUUCUUUUCUUUAUGGAGCGCUUCAUCGAAGAGGCCCCUGAAAGACUGAAAAAGAAAGAUUUAGCAAUGUUUGGCAAGCAAUGGUUCAGACCUGAAGAAGCCUCUAGCUUGAGAACGAGAAUACGGAACUUACUAAUCGAACAAUUCCAAACUACAACCGAGGAACAAUUCCAAACUACAAUCGAGGAUACGGGUGGUUCACAAUCUUCUCCUUCAUCCUAACUCCUUUUUAAGUUGGUGCUCCAGCAUGAAUCUGGUGCCAGAAAAAAUUGACACACCAGCAGAUCGGGUACCAUCUUUGUACAGCUUCCUUAUGGUCCUCACAUUCAAAUGCAUCAAUGGCAAAAUCAGGUACUUAAAAAAAACUUUCGUAAUUGCUUUUGUAUAGUUUAAUCGGAAAAAAAAAUUUGUCAUUGUUAUUAUGCAAAAGAGUGAACAAAUGGAGGCUAGGAUUCAAAUUGACCAGUUUUUCAAUACAUAGGAUUUAAAAAAACUGGUGAUCAUGGUGUUUUUAAGGCAUUCAUUCAUUUGUGUUUAAGAGCCCUUUUAUCCAAAA